AAAUUAUUUAAAUUAAAAUGAAAAAUUAUAUUUUGUUUUUCAUAUUAACACUUUUCUUAAUAGUAACAAGUGCUGAAUAUUCAGCUGAUGAUUGCUGGCAAUUAGGUUUUAAUAAAGCUAAUUUGCUUUGUUCGAGGUGUAAUCAAUUAAGUGAUUUUCAAUUAGACAUUUUAAAAGAUCACUGUAAAGAAUGUUGUACUCCUGAUGAAAAUCCUGAGACAGCUAAAAAGUAUGCAAAAGCUGUGCUAGAAGUUUGCACAUGUAAAUUUGGAGCCUAUCCACAAAUUCAAGCAUUCAUCAAAAGUGAUCGACCGAACAAAUUUCCUAAUUUAAAAAUUCAUUAUGUACGUGGUUUAGAUCCAAUAAUAAAAUUAAUGAAUGAAAAUAAUGAAGUUGAGGAAACUUUAGCAAUUCAUAAAUGGAAUACGGAUUCAGUAGAUGAAUUUUUAAAAACACAUUUAAUGAGCGAUGAUGAUGAGAAAGAUUACUUAAAAACUAAUCAAAUUUAAUGUAAUUUUUUAGAAUAAAACUAUUUUGUAAUUUCA